AUGGCUACAAACUUUAUUUCUUUAAGAGAGUUAGAAUAAUUAGCAUCAAUUAAACUAGAUUCGAAUGCAUAUCAAUAUUAUAGAUCAGGUGCAAACGAAGAAAUUACAAAAAAGGAGAAUAUUGAUGCAUUUUAAAGAAUUUACUUGAAUCCUAGAGUAUUAAGAGAUGUCUCAAAAAUUUCUACUAAAACAAAAAUAUUGGGUCAUUAAAUUGAUUUACCUAUUGGCAUAGCUCCUGUUGCUAUGUUAAAAUUAGCUCAUCCUUUGGGUGAAGAAGUAACUGCUUAAUUAGCUCAUUAAUGGAAAGUUCCCUUUACAUUGACUACCUUAUCUACCUUAUCUCAAUCUGAAGUGGCUAAGCAUAAUAAAGAUGGCUUGAGAUUCUAAUAAUUGUAUAUACAAAAAAAUAGAUAAUUAACAGAGGCAUUGGUAAGGAAAGCAGAAAAGGAAGGAUUUUAAGGUCUAGUAUUAACAGUAGACGCACCAAUUUUAGGUAAGAGAGAAGCCGAUGAAAAAUAAAGAUUUGUAUUGCCUCCUCAUUUAAGGUUGGAAAUUCUUGAAGAAUUAGCAAAAGAGGCUAAUAUCUAACUAUAAACUGUAGCCAACAACCAAGGAUCUGGGUUAUUGAAAUUCUUUGCGGAGUAAUUAGAUUAAACAGUGAAUUGGAAUGAUAUUAAGUGGUUAAGGUCAAUCACUAAGGUUCCAAUAAUUUUGAAGGGAAUUCAAUGUGGAGCUGAUGCUAAAUUGGCACUUGAACAUGGAGUAGAUGCCAUUUGGGUCUCAAAUCAUGGAGGAAGACAAUUAGAUACUGUGAGGUCUACUGUUGAGAUGCUACCAGAAAUUGUGGCAGCAGCUGGUUCUGUGGAAGUUUAUGUGGAUAGUGGAGUAAGAAAUGGAACAGAUGUUUAUAAAUGUUUGGCUUUAGGUGCUAAAUGCGUUUUUGUUGGAAGACCUGCUAUUUACAGUACAGCUAUUGGUGGAAGGGAAGGACUCAACAAAAUGUUCUAGAUAUUAUAGUCAGAAUUGGUUUCAACUAUGUAAUUAAUGGGUGUUACAUCCAUUUAAGAAAUCAAGAGUGAUGGCAUAGUUCAUAGAUCAAAAUUAUGA